CUAUCAAAAGAGAGACGCCACCAUCCACUCCCUUCUAACCUGCCUCACCAACUCACAUCUAGAAGCUAAAUUAGGGUCACUGCCCUCUUUCUCUGUGUUUGUGUGCGAGUAUAAUAGUCAAAAGGCUUUUAAAAAGCAUCUAAUCUGCAAAUUCUCAAUAUAAUAAUAUAUGUUUAUAUAUAUAGUGGUGAAAAACAGCAAACGUAGGUUGUAGUGGUAGUAUAGUUUUGAAAAGGGUUUGCGUUUACUGAAGUAUGGGGAGGUCUCCUUGUUGUGAGAAAGCUCAUACGAACAAGGGUGCAUGGACCAAGGAAGAAGAUGACCGUCUCAUUGCUUAUAUUCGUGCCCAUGGUGAGGGUUGUUGGCGUUCACUGCCUAAAGCUGCUGGCCUUCUCCGUUGUGGCAAAAGUUGCAGGCUUCGUUGGAUCAACUACUUGAGACCUGACCUCAAACGUGGCAAUUUCACUGAGGAAGAAGAUGAGCUCAUUAUCAAGCUGCACAGCCUUCUUGGUAACAAGUGGUCUCUGAUAGCGGGGAGAUUACCAGGAAGAACAGAUAAUGAGAUAAAGAAUUACUGGAACACACAUAUUAGGAGGAAGCUAUUGAACCGAGGGAUUGAUCCGGCGACUCACCGGCCGAUCAAUGAGGCUUCACCGGAUGUAAAAACAAUAUCUUUCAGUGGAGCCAAUGAAGAGAAAGAGAAGAUUAUUAACCCUAAUGGAUUCAUCAACAAAGAAGAAAAGAAAAUCCCAGUUCAAGAAAGGUGUCCAGACUUGAAUUUGGACCUCAGAAUUAGCCCUCCUUACCAUCAAACCACUCAACCAGAGCCAUUGAACACGGGAGGAAGAACUCUUUGUUUUAUUUGCAGCUUAAGGGCUAAAAACAUCAAAGACUGCACUUGUAGCAUCCGCAGUAGUGCCGGUCGCAGCAGUAGCAGUAGCAACAGCAGCAGUGGCUAUGAUUUCUUGGGGUUGAAUUCUGGUUUAUUGGAUUAUAGAAGCUUGGAAAUGAAAUAAUAAAAACAGGGAAAUUGGAUUCUUAACUAUGUAGUUCAAAACCCCCCAAAAAAUUUGGAGAGAUAUGAUAUGGAGAUUGUUAUUAGUUUUUAAAUCUCUUUCAUUUUCUUCUCUUAUAUCUCUAAUUUGUAUGAUCAUUAUAUAUCACGAUAUAUACAUUUAGUAAUAGCAUAGAUGAUCA